GCGUCGUCUACACUCGACGUGUCCUCGCGCGUCUUUUCAAACACCCCCAAUUAAAAUCCCGCCCCACCCCCCAUCCUUCAAUUCCUCCAAGAUGAGGCAUGGGUAGGGCCACCAAAUGGCUCCGUUCGCUCUUCUCCACCUCCAAAAACCCUCCGCCGGAGAACCAGAAGAAGAAGAAGAAGACAGCGAAUAAAGCAGCAGCGAAGUGGCUUCUGCCCAAAUCCGGCGACACUAGCUUCACGACCGACGAAUCUUCGGCUUACGCGACUCAGCUGGAUGCGAACAAGCACGCGAUAGCGGUGGCCGCGGCGACGGCGGCGGUUGCUGAGGCGGCUCUCGCGGCAGCCCAGGCGGCGGCGGAGGUCGUGAGAUUGACUGGCGGCGGUGGAAACGGGAGCGGGAGGAAUGACGCGGCCAAUAUUGGCGGCGACCGACGCCGCGCCGCCGCGGUUGUUAAGAUUCAAUCGGCUUUCCGUGCGUAUCUUGCUAGAAGGGCAUUGAGGGCACUCAAGGCCCUUGUUAAGCUUCAAGCUCUCGUUAGAGGCCACAUUGUUCGAAAACAGAGCGCGGACAUGCUUCGCCGGAUGCAAGCCAUGGCUCGGAUCCAAGCUCGAGCAUCUGCACAUCGAUCUUAUAUCGCAGAGCCGAUGAACAAGCAGUUCGGAAACUACGUUCUUCGUCCAGGCAUCGGGUAUAGGAGAAACUAUGAACGGUCGAAACAGGUUCCAUCGACCCUCGAGAUGGGUCAAGAAGGCGCGCGCCAAACUUCGAACUGGCUGCAUUACUGGAUGGAUCAGUACUCUUCGAACACUGACGAGAGAACGGACAAGAUACUCGAAAUCGACACAUGGAAGCCUCACCGGCUCGACAGGCGAACCGAAGGAAGACAAAUCUCCGUCCCGACUAAAUUCCAGAAGCCUAAUCCGAGUAUUUCCUCGGACGAGGUGUCUCCAUGUCAAGGAGAUCAAGCUUCGUCUCGACAAUCUAGAGGGCCGUUCACUCCUACAAAAAGCGAUUGCUCUAGAAGCUUCUUCGGCGACUACCUCAGCCACCCUAACUACAUGGCAAACACAACCUCGUCCCUCGCAAAAGCGAGGUCUCAGAGCGCGCCCAAGCAGAGAAUGACGACGGAGGAGUUGGGAAUGAGUCACUGUCUAUGGGAACCCGACACUGUUUCGGAAUUUGGCUUUUCCUUACCGGGAAACUUCAGGGACAACACUUAUCUACAAUACUCGGAUCGGUUAAGGAGGCAAGAGACUCCUGCGCGCGGGGCUUACCCGGGCUUUAGCUCGACCUACGGCUACCGGCUUUAGCUAAAAGUUUUCUGUGUUAUAAUGUAAGUUAUUAUCGCUGUAUGUUCGUACGUACAUUGACACGCUUUACUUGACUUGAUUCAACUCAA